GGGAGAUUCAUCUUCGAUUUGACCUUCUACUUUGAGGCGAGGGAACGUUUCUUCCAUGCAGUUUCCCACCUGCAGCCUACCUCCAUUCGUAGAGAGAUGUGAGGGCAGUCGCCGACAUCGGACUCCUUUCCCCCAGUCUUGCUGCCUCUCUCAUCCAAUCUUGGCCUAUGGCAGUAAUCUUUCCCAAGCAGAAGUGUGUGGUGUUGAGAUGAUACGAGACCAAGUGGUCGGGUAUAAAGCUCUGGCCGUUUCCACUUGAUCUUUUCGGCUUUCCCCCUUCCCGUUUCUUCCCUAAACCCACAUCGACAACCACCAUCACUUGACAAUGGCAUCCCAGCAGAACAAGGACAACUGGUCCUCAGAGGCAUAUCAAUCCGCAGCCUCCUUCGUCCCCAAGCUGGCAACAAAGAUUGUCCAAUGGCUUGAUCCCCAGAAAGACGAUGUGAUUCUUGACAUUGGUUGUGGUGACGGCGUCCUCGAUUUUGAGAUUGCCCAAGUCUUUGAGGGAGGCAGAGGCCGCUUGCACGGCGUAGACAGCUCCAAAGCCAUGAUUGAAGCUGCCCAAAAGAAGGCGGCGGAUGAUGCGCAUUUGAAGGCUACUUGCACCUUUGAGGUCCUCGACGCAACCGCCCUCAUCAGCAAAACCCACCUCCACUACGUCCGCUUCAACAAAGCCUUCUCCAACGCCGCCCUCCACUGGAUCCUGCGUCCCGAAGACAAGCGACAAGUCUUCUUUCAGGGCGUCCGCAACGUGCUUGCCCCGGGGGGUGUCUUCGCCUUUGAGAUGGGCGGACUGGGCAAUGUCUCGGAGAUCCGGGCCACGCUUUUGGCUGCUGUGGGAAGGCGAGUCGGUCUGAAGCGCGCGCAGGAGGUCGACCCCUGGUUUUUUCCCGACGAGGAGUGGAUUAAACAAAUGAUGGAGGAGACGGUCGGCGGGUGGAAGGUGGAAAAAGUAGAGAGGGAGUGGCGGCCUACGAACGCGGAUGUUGGUGGGGUUGAGGGAUGGGUGAGAUUGAUGGGUGCUCAGUUCUUGCAGGCAUUGGGGAGCGAGGAGGAGAGGGAGGAGGUGGUCAGGGAGGUGGUGGAUGUGCUGGAGAUUGUUUGUGCUAAGCCGGGGGGUGGGCAUAUGUAUAGUUAUGUAAGGUUGAGGGUGCUGGCUAGGAAGUUGUGAGGCCAGAUCUUGGGGCUAUUCAGAUAUUAGUAUCAGAGCUGGAGGCAUGUUGAAGCUUCUCUUGCGAGAUGUUGAUGUGGUGAUGGGCAAAGAAAACAACCAGGUCUAGGCUAGACGGAUAGGUCAUCUUCAAAUUUGAUAUUCUUAAAGACUUAUGCUUUCUCAGCG